GUUUCCUGCCUGAGGAGGAGGCGGUGGCGCUGUUUCAAAAGACGGCGCUUUUUUCUCUCUCCGCUCUUCCGCUUUUCCUCCCCACUUUAACAACAAACCCAGAUCCGGAUCCAAGAGCCGACAAAAACACCUCAUCUAUUAUUUUUGGACCGCACAAACUAAAAGUAGCCGGUUUUUAGUUUUAAUUAUUGAAUCCAGAAGCUGAGACCGGAAGUGUUGUCGAUGUUAGCAGCUCUGAAGUAACGACAGACAACUUUCAGCAGCAGAGGACGUGUCCAGCUGCAGGACAGUGAUGUAAAGAUGUGGGUUCCACCUGUCCUCCUUCAGGUACCAGGACCGCGAUGAGUCCUUUGUUUUUCCUCGUCGCCCGUCUGUCCUCGUUGUUGAGGGACGCCUGAAACGAUCCUCUGACCGCCGGGAUGGACGAGGACACCCCGACCCUAAAGCCCAGGCGCAUCCAGAACCAGAACGUGGUCCAUCGUCUCGAGAGGCGGAGGAUCUGCUCCGGUCGGCCCGGAGCCCACUGGUACCGGGUCCGAUGCUUCCACCAGAACCUGUUCCCCAACUUCACCGUGGUCAACGUGGAGAAGCCGCCCUGCUUUCUCAGGAAGUUCUCACCCGACGGGCGCUACUUCAUCGCCUUCUCUUCGGACCAGACGUCCCUCGAGAUCUAUGAGUACCAAGGCUGCCAGGCGGCCCAGGACCUGCUGAGGGGCCAGGAAGGAGAGACCCUGUCCACCGCUAACGACCAGCGCUCCCUCAACAUCCGAGGCCGCCUGUUCCAGCGUUUUUUCUCUCUGCUCAGCGUCACCAACGUGGCUUCAAACGGAGAGCACCUGAACCGAGAGUGCAGCCUCUUCACGGACGACUGCCGCUACGUCAUCGUGGGCUCGGCCGUUUACGUCCCCGAGGAGCCGCCGCCGUACUUCUUUGAGGUGUAUCGCAACAACGAAUCUGUGACCCCGAACCCUCGUUCUCCUCUAGAGGACUACUCUCUGCACAUCAUCGACCUCUACACGGGCAGGCUGGUGGACACCCGCUCCUUUAAAUGUGACAAGAUCAUUCUGUCACACAACCAGGGCCUCUACCUGUACAGGAACAUCCUGGCUGUGCUGUCGGUGCAGCAGCAGACCAUCCAUGUCUUCCAGGUGACUCCAGACGGGACGUUUCUGGACGUGAGGACGAUCGGUCGCUUCUGCUACGAGGACGACCUCCUGACUCUGUCGGCCGUUUACACGGAGACGCAGGCGGAGAGCCAGCCCGGCUUCCCUCGCCUCUACACCGACAAGAUCAUCAACUCCCUGAAGCACCGGCUGCUGGUCUACCUGUGGAGGAGGGUGGAGCAGGACGGCAGCGCCACGGCCAAGAGGAGGUUUUUCCAGUUUUUCGAUCAGCUCAGGAGGCUGAGGAUGUGGAAGAUGCAGCUGCUGGACGAGCAUCACCUCUUUAUUAAAUACACGAGCGAGGACGUGGUCACGCUCCGAGUCACCGACCCAUCGCAGCCGUCCUUCUUCGUGGUCUACAACAUGGUGUCCACCGAGGUGCUGGCCGUCUUCGAGAACACCUCGGACCAGCUGCUGGAGCUCUUUGAGAACUUCUGCGACCUGUUCAGGAACGCCACGCUGCACAGCCAGGCGGUGCAGUUCCCCUGCUCCGCCUCCUCCAACAACUACGCCCGGCAGGUGCAGCGAAGGUUCAAAGACACCAUCGUCAACGCCAAGUACGGCGGGCACACGGAGGCGGUGCGUCGCCUGCUGGGCCAGCUGCCCAUCAGCGCCCAGUCGUACAGCAGCAGCCCCUACCUCGACCUCUCGCUCUUCAGCUACGACGACAAGUGGGUGUCGGUGAUGGAGAGGCCCAAGACCUGCGGAGACCACCCCAUCAGGUUCUACGCUCGGGACUCGGGCCUGCUGAAGUUUAAGAUCCAGGCGGGCCUGCUGGGACGGCCCGUCAACCACGCUGUGCGCCGCCUGGUCGCCUUCACCUUCCAUCCCUUCGAGCCGUUCGCCAUCUCAGUGCAGAGGACCAACGCCGAGUACGUGGUCAACUUCCACAUGAGGCACGUCUGCGCCUGAAAUACUCCUGCUGCCUCCUCCUGCUCCAUCCCUCCUUCCUCUGAGGGACGAGGAGGGAGCUGUGGGGAGGAGAGGAGAGAGGAUGGAGGAGCGAUCAGUGAGCGAUGAGUCGCAGCGUUUCUUUUUGUUUUCUCACACAGACAUGUAGCAUAACUCUCAUCCAGCAACAACAUUUAUUUUCACAGUUUUAAUGCUUUAAUGUUUGUAAAUAAUUGACUCUAAUAAAAUAGUUAACUUUUUUAUCUCA